AUGUCAAUUGAGCAGCAGUCAUCGCAGGCCGGAAGACUAACACCAAAAGUCCGGCUUUUCAGGGCAAGGGAGGAUCCAUCACUCAAGCGCGAGUACGCGAGACUUGAGGCAAAAAACUAUCAUCUGCGAAGUCGAGAGCAUCCCGAGGGAGCAGAAAUAGGAGAACCUGGCUCUGCUCCGACGCCGCCCAAUGUCUACUCACCCCAAGCCCAGAAUCGCCGGCUUGAGCUUCGGCGAGGGCUGCUGCGUUCCAGGACCUCCCACGUGAGCUCGGACAGAUUUCGCCCUGGAACAACACCAUCCGAUCGAUCUACAGCUUUUCGCAAGCCAGCGUCUCCGCAAUCGGCAACAGCUAGAACACCAAGGGCAGAAGCAACAGAUAUCUCUCGCACUGGAUCGACGAUUCCACGUCGCCCGAAUCCUUUUGCAAAAGCACGACCCACGGAGCUCCAGAAUUCAGAACUUCCGCAGACCUCGUCGACUACUUCCAGCAGAGGGUGGGGCUUUCGCACCGAGGAUGAAAAGACUCUGGAGCAGACAAUCGACACCGAAGUAGAAGAGAGUCUUUCGAAGGUCAAGCCGCUGGCACAAGCUUCUGCAAACCUGGACGAAAGAUCCAGAAGCGAAAUACUCACACAUGUUAAAUCCUCGGGUGAAGCCCAUAUGGUAGAUGUUGGUGCGAAAGUAAACACCAAGCGAGCAGCAAUCGCCGUCAGCUACGUGCGAUUUGCAAGACACGAGCCGUGUCAACUCAUAUCGGAGAACGGAAACAAAAAGGGGGACGUGUUGGGAGUCGCUCGUAUUGCUGGUAUCAUGGCUUCCAAGCGCACCAGCGACUUGAUUCCACUGUGUCACCCAAUCGCCAUCUCUAAGGUCGACGUGGACAUCCAACUCAUGAAGCCUAAAAUGUUUCAUCGCUACCUGGCGAGUGGUCACAAUCGCUACGGUAUGGUUGCUAUUACAGCGCAUGUGGAAUGUACAGGCGCCACUGGUGUAGAAAUGGAAGCCCUGACUGCUGCUUCGACGGCGGCCUUGACAAUCUACGACAUGUGCAAAGCGGUGGAUCGCAAUAUGUCAGUUGUCGAUACCGUUGUGGUGUACAAGAGUGGAGGCAAGUCGGGCAUACACUGCCGAGGGAAAUGGUCGAACACAGUUGGGCAGCAAUUCUUCAUUGACAGGGGCUUGGAAUUGCCGGCGCAGACUGGGACCCAAAAGGGCAGCGUUAAAGAGACGACGAGUGUCAUAGCCAAGGAGUCCUAA